GAGAGAGAGAGAGAGAGAGCAAUGUUCGCAGCUCUGAUAUUCUCCACACUUUCGGAGAACCAGACGGAGAGCAGUUCCCCAGCGGGUAUCCAUACAUCCUUACUGAGGUGGGUCUCAAUGGGCUUUAAUGUGUCCAGUGUAUAAUAACAACAGUCCACACAGAGUGUCCUCAGCAUGACGGUGAGACCGGAGACUGCGCAAGUAGCGGAAGCCUCAGUGGAACUUGCACAGGACUAAAGCUUUGUAUAUUUCAUCAGCAUUCAAGUGUCUUGAGUCGUUCACAUCACCAUGGGGAUAAGGCACAUGUUGUUGCUGCUCAUAUACCUUGACCCACUAUCUGUGCUGAGCACUGCUACAGGCAUUAAGAAGACCAAACAGGCAUCCAGAAAGGCUCCCAAAGCCACCGCGGUGCCCACGCUCGUCCCGCAGAAGACUGCCAGCAACCACGACACAUGCCUGGGCUACUACGACGUGAGCGGGCAGUACGACAAACUAUUUGAGUGCAACAACACAAACCACCGGUACUGCUGCGGGACGUGCUACCUGCGCUUCUGCUGCGAGUACAAGAAAGACCGGCUUGACCAGAAAGCCUGUAAAAACUACCAGACGCCGGAGUGGGUGCAGACGGCCGCCCCGUCGCCCAUCCCUACUGGAGAAACAUACGAUCAGAGCAUGGAUCAGACCAGCACGGCGGUCUACAUCACGUGUGGGAUCAUAGCCUUCAUUAUAGUGGUGGCAGUGUCGAUCAAAGUUGUUUAUGACAAAGCCACAGAGCCGCCUCAGGAAAUGAAUAUACACAGAGCUCUUGCAGACAUCCUGAGGCAGCAGGGGCCCAUUCCCAUAUCGCAAUAUGACUGUGAGAAUUUUGCUGAGAUGAAUGGCUCACCCAAGGACAACACACCAGUCCGAACCUCAUCCAAGAACCACUACACCCCUGUUCACACCUCCAAGUCCAACCAUGGUGUCCACUAUGGGAAAGAGAGCAUCCGCAGCAGUGGAGGCGCUGACCUUCAAAACUUCAUCUCCUCUGGCUUUGUGACGUUGGGUCGAGGCCACCAGAAAGGUACUCAUCAGCACAACUAUGACCAUGUGGCUUUUGGUAGCCCAAGCCUUAGAAAUGCUCACCGAUCAAUGAGACGUGAAAACGAUCGGAUAAGCGGCAUCCUGACUUCGCAGACGGAGCCCUACGACCUGUCUUUCUCACGCUCCUUCCAGAGCCUGUCACACUUACCUCCCUCCUAUGAGGCAGCCGUCAAAGCCGACCUCAACCGGUUCUCAUCUCUGAAGAAACUCAAUAAGGAUGUAGACGACUAUUACACUCGAAAGCGACACCUACCCGAUCUAGCAGCAAGAGGAACUCUUCCGUUGCAUGUUCUCAAAAUUGGUCAAGACCAGCUCUGGGAACAGAAGCUCCAGAGUCAGCCCGCACAGUCCUCCAUCUCCCAAGUCGCUCCCCUGUCACAAUCCUCACAGCAACAGUCUCAGCAAAGGCAGAGGCCCCGUCGCGUCCAGCGGGCCAUGUCUCAGGACCGCGUCCUGUCCCCACAACGAGCCCCACAGCAGGACUACAGCAUGUCUUCUAAUGGUAUGUCACAAUACGGAGGGAGGAUCCUCUCAGACGAACAGCUUCUGUCUGCUGAACGUCAACGAUCACAGGAGCGUCUUCUCCCACAGGACCGCCACAACUCCCAAGAUCGACUGUACUCCAAGGACCGCAUAUACUCAAAGGACAGGCUCAUAUUACAGGAUCAUCUACACGCAAAAGACCGUCAUUGCUCUCAAGACCGCCUCUAUUCACAAGAUUGUCUCCUAUCCCAGGAUCCUCUGCUCUCACCAGACAAGCUCAUGAUGCCGCUGAAGCGUGGCAUGGUGAGCAGCAUCUCUGGUGGGUUUCGUGGCAGCGAUAAGUCAAUAUCACGCGCCAUCUCACACACAGACGUGUUCGUACCCACCACACCUCUCAUGGAUCGCUACAAGAUUACCAAAAUGCACUCCCACCCCAGUGCCUCCAACAAUGGCGGCAGUUGCGGGCCCCUGGAAGCAGGAAGCACUGGGCACUCCAACACUUUAGUCAUGAACCAGACAGCAACAAAGAGGCAAGCAUUUGCCUCGAGACGGACUCACACAAUGGAACAGCUCCACUACGUCGCACCACAACACCAGCAGCAACAGCACCCUCAGCACUACCGCACAGGUAGCAAGACAGAGGUCACUGUGUAGAGGCAGCAAAUAGGGGGAUGCGGUUGGUAGAGGUAAGUAGGCACACUGGCCUGCUUUUAGAUUAGGAUAGUGGCAAAAUCAGUGACGUUAACUGCUCCGGUAGAGUCAGAGAUUCCAGGACCAAGAACAUUCACUAGCUUACAAUGAGAGACCACAAAAACGCACGACACUGUAACCUGAAGUUCUGAUGUUAUCCAGAUAGUCUAUUUCAACGCUGUCUUGAUAACCCUAUUCAUACAGGCCUAAUCCUGUGGCAUUUUAGAUGCUUUGUCCAAGAUAUCUCUCCUGUGAUCUUUUCUGGCAAAUCUUAAGGGGCUCUUGCAUGGUCAAAGAAACGUGACUCCUCCGUGACUUUUGUUGUGCAACACAACGUUACCACCGAGAUGAAGCCGGUUGACCCUGUAAAGACUUUAUAAAUAUAUAAAUACAUGAAUAAAAAACAACCAUUUGUACACCCGUUCCUACAUAUAGCUGUUGAAAUGGAUGUUAUUAGCACUUCUAUUUGGUGCCUCAGAGAGAUGUUUUUGGGGGUUACAAAGCACAAUCAAUAGAAAUGUUCUGUUCUGUUUAUGGUUCCCUUUUGAAUAGAGACCACUAGCUUGUUUUGUUCAAUGGCAGGAUGUUUUGCUUCCAGUAGAUUGUAAAUAAGCUAUCCUAGAAGCAGUAUUAUGGACAAGUAUAUGCUGGAUGGACUUUGUAUUAGAGUCUCUGUAUCCAUAGAUUCUUAUAAAACAAUUAUAAAUGACUUUGAGUUCAGAAUAGAAACUCACUUAACCAUUUGAAAGGAUGAAUGAAUACUUUACUAUGUGUCAAAACUUUGUAGGAACAGAAGCGAAUUAAUGUGUUCUUGAUAGCACUGUUCCUAUUUGGGUGUACACUGUAGUCCAUUGACUAUGAAGAAGUUUAACAUGGAAAUCAUUUAACAAAUUAUAAUGCCUGUUAUAGUAGGGUCAAAUAAACCAACCAUAUUUUUGUAAAUAUUACAAAUUUUUCCUUGAAAGAUGUCUGUGUUUUUCCUUCAAAAGACUGAUAUACUAUACUGCUGUGAUAUUUAGGUUUAAAUUGCGGGAUAAACCCACUUACCACUGUCCCAUUGGUGCAAUAAAGACACACAAGCAACUAUGGCCAACAAAAAAUGUAUAUUGAAUAUUGAAACAUUUUUUGUCAUUUUUUCGAGUAACCAACCUGUUGGUUGGAUGUAAGAUAACGUUAAAAACAACUGAUUUAGGAAAUUUACCCAUGACACCUGCAGAAAUAUAAGCAGACAAUGACGGUAGAGAGGAAUCUCGAUCGUUACUAUGAAGAGGAGGAUAUAGGAGAUCAGGGCACCAUGGAAAGUACAAUGGCAGUGCACUGAUAUAGCAAUGUAACUAAGGGAUGGGUACAUUGCUAUAACCACAAGUGACCCAGCAUUUAUGGAGCGCAGCUCUCUAGUAGUGCAAUAAAGUACCAUGAUUUCUAAUCUUUUCUCAUCGUGUGUCUACACAAAACACAAUGUGAAUGUACUGCAACGCCUCAAACAGCCUAAACGCACUGCAUACUGGCGGGGUACCAUUUCUGGUCA